AAAUUUAGGCUACGCGGUUUGGCCAAACUACCACUACUGGUACCCGGCACGGCGGCUUUGUUUGUAUGCAAUUGUAGGUUUUCUUUUUGCUUUUGUCGAACACGCUCAGCACAACACGCACGCCGUUAGUUCACAUUUUCACUGUUUGUUCUCGAAAAGCAAAUGGAUUCCUCCACGAUACGUGAAAUUCUCGACCACUGAAAAGUACGCGCCACGAACACAGCGAACACAACGACGCAUUGGAGAAAAACACAUUCGAUGGAUAUCGUUUUUUGAUGAGGAAGUAGACGUGCAAGGCGGGGAGAACAGCACAGGGUAGGCGAGCGUGCACAAAGUGUGGUUUGUUUACAAGCCACUCUGUGCGGCGGAAAGAACAGGUGCAAAAGAGAGAGAGAGAGAGAAAGAGACAGAGAGAAAGACAAUGAGCGCGGGCUGUCCGUCUAUCAAUUGUAUACGAGAGAGAAACGUCGAUGCAGAGAGCCGUACCGUGCAUUAGGGUGCCUUUCCACAGCGCGAUAUUGGAACUGUCGGUGGAGAUGCAGCGCAAAGAAACAGAUUCUGCUAAAUCAGUGUUCAGCAACUCGCGUCUGACUGGCGCGGUGCUGCGUACUAUGCUGCGUAAUAAUUUUCUCCAAUUGCCUACCACCACGUGGUAGACUGAAGCGACUGAUAGCGCUGGCAUGUGCGUACCGACCGACGCGACCGAUGGGACGCGUGCAGGCGAGAAGAACAAUAAACAUUAUGCACACUUUCGAUCACUACUGUAAAUGGUCACGUUUUAGGUUUGUGCUGCGUCUGCUCGUGUUGUGCAGGAUCGCGUUGGGGCCACAACUUAUCUGCCUUCGUUUCACAUUCCAACAGUCGAAGCGCUAAACGUUUAUAAAUGCGUUUGCAGCGGCUUGGACGGAAGAUUCAUUGUGCAGCGAUCAGCAUGGCGUGUGGUUACUCCUGUUGCGUUGUGGUUCUACUGCUGAGUGCUGCAGUGUUUAGUACAGUCAGCUGUGGCCUCGGUACACCCUGCAAGGUGCUGUGCGAAAAUGGCGCUGAAAUGAUUCCCUGUGAUAGGAAGACGGAGAUUUUCAACUGCUGCGGCCCAUGCAGUGAAGCUACCUGUGACGACCCUUCACCGAAGCAGGAAUGUGCGGAAGGAUGUAAGGCAGGUUGCUUCUGUAAGGCCGAUCACGUUCGAAAGCAUGCCGGUGGGCCAUGUGUACCGAUCGGAACCUGCAAGCAGCAGCGAAAAUAA